AUGAUUGGUAUGGGCCAGAAGGACUCCUAUGUUGGUGAUGAGGCACAGUCAAAACGUGGUAUCCUAACCCUGCGAUACCCCAUCGAGCACGGUGUCGUCACAAACUGGGAUGACAUGGAGAAGAUAUGGCAUCACACCUUCUACAACGAACUCCGUGUCGCCCCAGAGGAGCACCCAGUUCUGUUGACCGAGGCCCCCAUCAACCCCAAGUCCAACCGUGAGAAGAUGACCCAGAUCAUCUUCGAGACCUUCAACGCCCCAGCCUUCUACGUCUCCAUCCAGGCUGUGCUCUCCCUCUAUGCCUCUGGUCGUACCACUGGUAUCGUCCUCGACUCCGGUGACGGUGUCACCCACGUUGUCCCCAUCUACGAAGGUUUCGCCCUGCCACACGCCAUCUCCCGAAUUGACAUGGCUGGCCGUGACUUGACCGACUACCUGAUGAAGAUCUUGGCCGAGCGUGGCUACAGCUUCUCUACCACCGCCGAACGUGAAAUCGUCCGUGACAUCAAGGAGAAGCUCUGCUACGUCGCCCUCGACUUCCAGGAGGAGAUCCAGACUGCCGCCCAGAGCUCCAGCCUCGAGAAGUCCUACGAGCUUCCCGACGGCCAGGUCAUCACCAUUGGAAACGAGCGAUUCCGUGCUCCUGAGGCUCUCUUCCAGCCCAGCGUCCUCGGUCUCGAGCCAUGCGGUAUCCACGUCACCACCUACAACGCCAUCAUGAAGUGUGACGUCGACGUCCGAAAGGACCUCUACGGAAACAUUGUCAUGUCCGGUGGUACCACCAUGUACCCAGGUAUCUCUGACCGUAUGCAGAAGGAGAUCACUGCUCUUGCCCCAUCGUCGAUGAAGGUCAAGAUCAUUGCUCCCCCAGAGCGUAAAUACUCCGUCUGGAUCGGUGGUUCUAUUCUCGCCUCCCUUUCCACCUUCCAGCAGAUGUGGAUCUCCAAGCAGGAAUACGACGAGUCCGGCCCAUCCAUUGUCCACAGAAAGUGCUUCUAA